AUGGCCACGGGCGCGGACGGCAAGAUGACGGUAGCUAUCACAGGCGGCACGGGCCUGGUAGGCACGCGGCUCACGCAGCGCCUCGCGGCCGAGGGGCACGCGGUGCGCAUUCUCACGCGCAACCCGGACUCCGCGCGCACCAAGUUCGCGGGCGUCCGCAACGUGUCCUGCCACGCGCCCUCCGAGUGGGCGGCCGCGAUCAAGGGCAGCACCGGCGUCGUCAACCUGGCCGGCGAGCCUAUCGCGACGCGCUGGAACGAGGGGGUCAAGAAGGAGAUCCGCGACUCGCGCCUGAACGCCACGCGCAAGCUCGUCGACGCCAUCAACGCCUGCCCCGAAGGCGAGCGCCCGGAGGUGCUGGUCUCGAGCUCCGCCGUCGGCUUCUACGGGACUAGCGACACCAACACGUACGACGAGACCUCCGCGCCGGGGUCGGACUUCCUCGCCAAGCUCUGCGUGGAGUGGGAGGCGGAGGCUAACAAGUCGAGCACCGCGCGCACGGUGAUUGUGCGCACCGGCAUUGUGUUGGCGGCGGAGGGCGGGGCGCUGGGCAAGAUGCUGCCCGUGUUCCAGGUGUUCGCGGGCGGGCCGCUCGGGUCGGGGUCGCAGUGGUUCUCGUGGAUCCACAGGGACGACCUGGUCGGCAUCAUGGUCAAGGCGCUCGAGGACAAGUCCUUCGCCUCGGGCGUGUACAACGGCACCGCGCCCAACCCCGUGCGCAUGUCGGAGAUGUGCGACUCGCUGGGGCGCGUCAUCGGGCGGCCCUCGUGGCUCCCCGUGCCGGAGUUCGCGCUGCAGACGCUGCUCGGCGAGGGCGCGAUGGUCGUCCUCGACGGCCAGAAGGUCGUCCCUGCUGCCACGGAGAAGGCCGGCUACCAGUUCAAGUAUGCUGACAUUGACGCUGCGGUGCGCAACCUGGUGCGUUGA